CCACAACCUUGAACGAAAAAGAUUUCUUUUUUUCCUCCAUUCGUCACACAACAAACAAACAGACCCUGAAAAAUUCCAAGUUUUCAGCAGAGGAUAAUUCUAACCAUAAUGCUUGCCACGACAACCUUCGCAGUCUCGAACUCAAACCCUCCAAAUCCAGCCCACAAGAACUCAUCACCUCAUCCUCCAUUUUCAUCGAAUUCGAGACAAGCCCAUAUCGUGUCCCUCAACCGCCGUGGCCUUCUGGCCUCACUUUCCAUCGCUCUGACACCAUUUCUAGCGUCCCCUCAAAUCGAGAAUCCAACACAUUAUGCGGAUUUCAUCUCUUUACCAGUCUCCGAAGCCCGUGGCCUCUUCCAAAUGCCACCAGUUCGCCUCACCAACAGGUACUUUUUGGUGAGAGCAGGGGAGUCUGAAUAUGAGAGCUUGGGUAUAAUUAACACUAAUCCGGUGGCUAAAACGUCGGUGGAUAAUGGGUUAUCGGAAAAGGGGAAGAAGCAGACAGUGAGGGCUGCAUUGGACUUGAAGUCAAUGGGGGCAUGUGAAGGGAACUGUUGGAUUUGGCCUUCUAUAACUCAGAGGGCUUAUCAGGCUGCUGAGAUUAUUGCUGCUGUUAAUGGAGUCAAUAGAAGUCAUAUAGUCCCUGAGUACAGCUUCUUGGAUGCUCGCGGAUUGGGAGCAUAUGAAGGGAAAAAAUUAGAUUCUAUUUCUGAGGUCUAUGCCUCAGACAGCCUUUCCCCGAAUAUCAAGCCACCCCCAAUAGACGACGGAACACCAAACGAAAGCGUUCAGGAUGUCUUUGUUCGUGUGACACAACUCAUGUCGAUUCUUGAGACACAGUACUCUGAGGACACAGUUGUUAUAGUGUCUCCAGAUUCCGACAAUCUGUCCGUGCUGCAAGCUGGUUUGGUUGGGCUUGAAUUACGAAGGCAAGUGUUUUGCGAAGAUGCAUAUUUGGCAUACAGAUCUCGCUUUCAGGCCCGGCGAAGUCAGGUUCAUCGAUGCUAGUAGCAUACCGACAUACAAACAGCCGGCUUCUGCAGUCUACAAGUGCUUAAAUCCCCCAAACUGCAACUGAGUUUCUUAGAGAUACUCAUAAUCUUGUCCAAAGUCACAGUUCAGAAUCAAAGCCUGGCAUUGUGAUCCUUGUACAAAGGACCUCCAGUAAAUAUUAGUACUACUUUUACUUUUCAACCUUUUCCAUCUCCAAGCUUUUUACUAGUUUAUUUUAUAGAUAUUCUAUAUGAAAUAUAGCUGUUCGUAGAAAUAUUUACUGCCAACAUCGAUUACAAACGAGGAGCUUGAGUGUCUUAUAAUCCCCAAGGGCUCCUCCCCCUUAAUAGGACAAACCUGUAUGGCUCCUCCUUACGGGACUGAAGCCAAACUGCAGGGACUGGCGGGGUCGUAAGACAUCCUCCCUCCUGAGUCAUCUUUCCAGCACAAAAUUAAAAGAUUCGUCCAAAAGCAGAACGCUACAAUAGAGAAAGCCUUUUUCUUCUCCUA